UUGGGUUGUACGGCCAAACCAGCGCAACCCCAAGAGAGAAGAAAUCGGCAGACUGCAAAGGGCUGCGCGUGAGCCCCAGCACCGCCUCGCGGCUCAGACCCAAAGCAUCUCUAAGCCGCGCCGCCGCCCUGGGCCGGGCUUCCCUGGCCGGUUGCCAGGCGGCGCAGACGCACUGGUUGCGUCUCCCCACCAAUCUCGACCCUCGACGCGUUCCGUUCGUGCGCGGAGGAGCCGGGCGGAAGGCGAGGCAGCUCGGCGGGCAGGGGCUGCGACGCGCCGACCAGCUGGGCCCAGCGACGGCGCGGAUGGCGGACUCGCGGCUCUUCCGCGUGGCCGAAGAGCGCAGCGGCCACUGCGCCGUGGUGGACGGAAACUUCCUCUACGUGUGGGGGGGCUACGUGUCUAUUGAAGACAAUGAAGUAUAUUUGCCUAAUGAUGAAAUUUGGACCUAUGAUAUUGAUAGUGGUUUGUGGACGGUGCAUCUCAUGGAAGGAGAACUCCCUACCUCCAUGUCAGGAAGUUGUGGUGCUUGCAUUAGUGGAAAGCUGUACGUCUUUGGAGGAUAUGAUGACAAAGGAUACAGCAAUCGACUUUAUUUUGUUAAUUUGCGAACAAGAGAUGGAACCUAUGUUUGGGAAAAAAUCACCAACUUUGAAGGACAACCACCCACACCACGUGAUAAACUUUCUUGCUGGGUAUAUAAAGACAGAUUAAUAUAUUUUGGUGGCUAUGGGUAUAGGAAACACAAUGAACUCCAAGACUGUUUUGAUGUUCAUGAUGCAUCUUGGGAAGAAGAGAUAUUCUGGGGAUGGCAUAAUGAUGUUCAUGUAUUUGACACAAAGACACAUAGUUGGUUUCAACCAGAAAUUAAAGGUGGAAUUCCACCACAGCCACGAGCCGCGCACACCUGUGCAGUUCUUGGAAAUAAGGGCUAUAUCUUUGGCGGACGUGUUUUGCAAACUAGGAUGAAUGAUUUGCACUAUCUAAACUUAGAUACCUGGACUUGGUCUGGAAGGAUUCCUAUUAAUGGAGAAAAUCCCAAACAUCGGUCAUGGCAUACUUUAACACCAGUAGCUGAUGAUAAACUUUUCCUAUUUGGUGGACUAAGUGCUGACAAUAUUCCAUUAAGUGAUGGUUGGAUUCAUAAUGUUGUAACAAAUUGUUGGAAAAAACUUACACAUUUACCUAAAACAAGACCCAGGUUAUGGCACACAGCCUGUUUGGGAAAAGAAAAUGAAAUAAUGGUAUUUGGUGGGAGCAAAGAUGAUAUACUUUCCUUGGAUACAGGUCACUGUAAUGAUUUAUUGAUCUUUCAAACACAGCCUUAUUCACUACUCAGGUCAUGCCUUGACUGUAUUGGUAAAAAUGCUAUAAUUUUAGAAAGUCAGAUAUCUUUAUUACCUCCUAAGCUUCUGCAACAAGUACUCAAAAAAAUAACAUUUUGGGCUGCAGCUAAUCACCGAGAAGAACAAAGAGCCCGAAAAGAAGAAGGAGAAAAUAAGUAUCAGUGGAUCAGUAGCAAUUAACUUGUUAUAUGCUGUCUAUAUUUAAUAUGCUUAAACAUUUUAAUCAGACCAUAUCUCCCAAAUUGGAGGCUGUAUGUAAAUGAUAAAAUUUAAAACACAAAUGCUAUAUUAGAGUGAUUAUAUGACAUGGGAUAUAGGGGAUAAGAUGUUAAUGGCAGAUUAUAUUUAUAUUUGUAAACUAAUUUACUUGUAAGCAGAAAAAAUAUGUUCUAAAAAGUAAGUACAAUUGUAAGAGAUUCUAAUUCACUGUGUACUCUGUAUUGGAAAGAUUAUGCAAAUUUGAGAAGAAUAAGAAAUUACCACAAGGACUUUAGAAAUCCCCGAACUUGAUAGAUGAAAGCACUGAAUAUCAACUUCCAAAAAGAAUACCACUUCUCAAGUCACUUAAAAAUUAUCCAAGGCAUCUCAUUAACUCAUUUUUUAAAUUUCACCUUAAAUAACUGACACAGCUGGCCAAAAUUAUAAAAUAGGGAAACUCUGGUAGGGUAUGAAAUCCUGAACUAUCCUUUUAGCACUUACCCAGUCAAAUAUUCUUAAGCAGCCUCAUAACUUUUCCUCACCUUUGAGUGGGAGAAUAAAUGUCUUCAGUUGUC